AUGAGACAUCAAGACAGGAUUGAAUGUGCUCUUAUUUCUAAGAUCAAACUUAUUAAGCUGCCAGAGACCACCAGGCCGGCUGUUUGGAACGAGACGAUUCGGGCGUGCUGUGAGGGCUGGACGGGCGAGGACUGUACACAGGGUGAAGGCUUCUUGGGUCGAUGCUUCUACACUUGGAACUGUCAGGAUAUCGGGAGCCCCCAGAAUGUGACCCUGAUGAGUAUGGAGGAAUGCUGCCUUCACCCUUGGGGCCACAGCUGGAAGAACGUCACAUCUGAGCUUUGCUUCAGCUGCUCCUACGUGUCACCCACUGCAGAUCUGCCGUCACCCUUCCUGAUGAGGCCGUAUCUGUCCACCGCUCUGAUCGGGGGCCCCUCACCUCGGCACCGGCUCUUCUCCACCUGUGUCACCUGGGGCGGCUUCCACUACCGCACGUUUGAUGGGAAACAUUACAACUUCCAUGGUGACUGCAUGUAUAAUCUGGCCUCUUCCAUUGAUGCCAACUGGGCCGUAUUUGUCUCCGGAGAACCCUGCACCAGAGCUGGACUCUGCCCCAAGCGUCUCAGGAUGAUCUUUGGGUUGGACCAAGUUGUGGUUAAAGGACGGUCGGUGACGGUGAAUGAUGUCAUAGUACCUGAUGGAGACCCCCAUCUACAGAAUGGCAUCAGUAUCCUCUGGCUCGGAGAUUUCGUCUUUGUGGAGAGCGGUCUUGGCGUCAGGGUGAAGUUUGAUGGAGUCAACAACAUUUAUGUCACAGUGAACUCCGACCUUCAGGGGAGAACAAAUGGAUUGUGUGGAACCUACAACGAGAAGACAGAAGAUGACUUCACCCUAGUUGGGGGCGCCAUCUCUCUGAAUGCAGCCGGAUUUGGGAAUUCCUGGAAGGUGCAGGACAUGGUCACUCAGCACACGUGUCCUGAUGUUCCUGAGUUGGGUCCUAGCUGUGAUCUCCCAGGACGAGAGGCCAUCAAGAUGGAGGCGGAGUCUAUUUGCAGAAAGCUCUUAAGCGCCCCCUUCAGUCACUGUCACCACAAGGUGGAUCCCAGUGGCUUCUAUGACACAUGUAUGUACACCUACUGCCAGAACACUGGGACGGAGCAGGACAGGAACUCCUCUGUGUGCCCAACAUUUACCAGCUAUGCCCGGGAGUGUUCUCAGCAGAAGAUCACCAUCACCUGGCGCCGGGCAGGUUUCUGUGAGAAGGAAUGUCUGAUGGACAAGCAGUACUCUGAUUGUGUGUCCGCCUGCCCGGCCAGCUGCGCCUCGGUGGGGAGCUAUGAUGAUGGUCAGUGUCGGGAUGAGUGUGUCAGCGGCUGUGAGUGCCCGGCCGGCCUGUACCUGGAGAAUGGGCGCUGUAUGAGGGAGGAAGAGUGUCCAUGCUACCACAGAAGACAGAGAUACUCCCCCGGAGAGGUCAUCAAGCAGAGGUGUAACCAAUGCACGUGUGAUGGUGGACGGUGGCGCUGUUCUCAGGACAGAUGUGCGGCUGAGUGCUCGGUGGUGGGGGAUCCGCACUAUAUAACAUUUGAUCGUAGGAGGUUCACCUUCCAUGGUUCCUGUGACUAUGUCCUGGUUGAGGAUUAUGUGGAUAGAAAACUCCUCAUCUCCGGGGAGAACGAAGACUGUGGUGGUCAGGGGUCUGUCAGCUGCCUUCGAGCCAUCACCAUAAGCGUCUACAAGACGUCGGCCAGACUCCGAGCGUCAGGAGACCCCACAGUGGAUGGACAUGUGGUGACCCUUCCUUUCCUCAGCCCUGACCUGUCCAUCAGACGGGUUUCCUCCACCCACCUUCUCCUCCUGACAUUCGGGGCUCACGUGCUCUGGAAUAUGGAGUUCCCAUCGGUUUACAUUACCCUGCAGCCAACAUUUGCUAAUAAGGUGCGGGGUCUGUGUGGGACGUACAACUGGAACCAGAACGAUGACUUCACCACACCUGAGGGCGACAUUGAGAGCAGCUCCGUAGACUUUGCCAAUAAGUUUAAGGUUUCAUCUGACUGUCCAGACGUGGGGCCCCGGAGCUUCGACCCCUGCGGGACGUACACCCAGCGCAGGGAGUACGCAGAGGAAGUGUGCGCUCUCAUAUCAGGACCAAGAUUCCAGCCUUGCCAUGAUGUUGUGGAGUGGGGCCCCUAUCACCAGCUCUGCCUGUAUGAUGUCUGUGGCUGUUCCUCUGCCAAGAACUGUCUGUGCAGUGCCGUGUCUUCCUAUGCCAGGCAAUGUGCCCAGGAGGGGGUGGUGGUGCCCUGGAGGAAUGAAACCUUGUGCUCCAUCCAGUGCUCCGGAGGACAGGUCUACAUGGAGUGUUCUCCUCCCUGUCAGAAGAUGUGUGCUGACCUCCGUAUGGGAGAUUCUGGAUCCUGCCAGGAACUAGUUGGCUGUGUGGCAGGAUGUAACUGUCCAGAGGGUCUGGUGCUGGAUGACAGUGGACAAUGUGUCCGUCCUUCAAUGUGCCCUUGUCAUCAUGGAGGAGAAAUCUAUCAACCUGGGAGCAUCAUCAAGCAAAAGUGCAAAGACUGUACCUGUGUGCAUGGUUUAUGGAACUGCACAGAGAACAGAUGCCCAGAGGUGGCUUUCUGCCCUGGUGACUUGGUCUAUAAAUUCGGAGAGUGUCUUCUCACCUGUGAGAACCUGGAGCAGAACCAGAGCUGCUCGGAUAGUGGUGAUGGUUGUGUGUGCCCAGAUGGAACAGUUUUCCUGAUGGACAAAUGUGUUCCCCCCGAGGACUGUCCCUGCCACCACCAUGGGAAACUCUACCACACAAAUGACACCAUUACCAAAGACUGUAACACCUGUGUGUGUAAGAAUCGGCGCUGGGAAUGCACCAAUGAGAAAUGUGCCGGAAUCUGCACCGCCACCGGGGACCCGCAUUACAUCACCUUCGAUGGACGCUCCUUCACCUUCCUGGGGGAUUGUCAGUAUGUUCUGGCCAGAGAAAACAAUGGGCUCUUCACCGUAACUGCUGAGAACGUGCCGUGCGGCAGCAGCGGAAUCACCUGCACCAAGUCUGUUAUGGUGAUGAUCGGAAACACGAUUGUUCAUCUUCUGAGAGGUCGGGAGGUCACCGUGAAUGGUGCAGCCGUGCGGCUCCCCAAGUUGUAUAGUGGAAAUGGGAUUAUCCUGGAUCGGGCCGGAUUAUUCACCGUCCUCAUCGCACACGUGGGACUGACGGUUCUGUGGGAUGGAGGUACCCGUGUCUACGUUAAGCUGGACCCCAGUUUCCAGCGCCGCGUUAGUGGACUUUGUGGGAACUUUGAUGGUGACACGGAGAACGACUUCACAAGUCGCCAGGGGAUGGUGGAGCCCACGGCAGACCUCUUCGGGAACAGCUGGAGGAUGAGCCUCCUGUGCCCUGAGGUUCACAGCGAUGACUUUGAGCACCCAUGCACGGAGAACAGUCACAGGGUGACCUGGGCCAGGAAGAGUUGUGCCGUCUUGAUGCAGCCAAUGUUUGCCGGGUGCCACCAGGAGGUGCCGUGCCAGCAGUACUAUGAGUGGUGUGUGUAUGAUGCCUGCGGAUGUGACUCUGGCGGAGACUGCGAGUGUCUGUGCACGGCCAUCGCCACCUACGUGGAGGAAUGUAACCAGCGCGGGAUCUACAUCCGAUGGAGGUCGCAGGACUUGUGCCCUAUGCAGUGUGACAACGGCCUGGUGUACGAGGCGUGCGGGCCCUCCUGCCCCCAGACCUGCAGGAACCUUGGCGUGAAUCUGGAGCUGCACUGCGCCCGCCUGUCCUGUGUGGAGGGGUGCUUCUGUCCUGAGGGGAAGGUCCUGCACGAUGGCGGUUGCAUCGACCCCUCAGAAUGCCCCUGUUACUGGGAGGGUUUACCAUUUCCAUCUGGUGCUGCUGUCACUCAAGGCUGCCACAACUGCUCCUGUGAGUCCGGUCGGUGGCGUUGUCCUGAUGAGCCAUGUUCCGUCCCUUCCCGUUGCGGAGCUGAUGAGUUUUCCUGCCAGUUCAGCGAUCGCUGUGUCCCUACUGCCUGGGUCUGUGACAAUGAAGAUGAUUGUGGAGAUGGAUCGGAUGAGAUCUGCUCGUUGACUUGUGCCCCACACGAGUACCGCUGUGCCAAUGGGCAGUGUAUCCCCCUGGUACACCGCUGUGAUGGCAGAGCUGACUGUGUGGAUCACUCAGAUGAAUGGGGUUGCCCCGCCCCCUCCUGCGGUCAUGAUGAGUUCCGGUGUUCCAAUGGACGCUGCAUUCCCCUUUCGCACGUCUGUGAUGGUGACCUGGACUGUGGGUUUGCUGAUGAAUCUGAUGAGUCAGGUUGCUCCUCUGGGUGCAGUUCUGCCCAUUUCCAGUGCUCCGUGGGUAAAUGCGUUCCCUACAUUCACCGCUGUGAUGGGCACGAUGACUGCGGGGACUUCAGCGAUGAGAGGGACUGCUUCUGUCCAUCCAGUGAGUUUCAGUGUCCGGAGGGACUUUGUCUGUCCAAGGAGAAGGUGUGUGAUGGCCACCGAGACUGCGGAAAUGGAGCAGAUGAAAUAGUGUGCACAGGCCUUGGGACGUGUUCUUCAGGGUUCUGGGUCUGUGGAGAUGGAUCCUGCAUCAGAUCAGACAAGUUGUGUGAUGGGAAAUAUGACUGCACUGAUGGAGCGGAUGAGGAUCGGGUCCAGUGCACGUCUUCACCACCAGACAACACAUGGUUAACUCCACCGACAUCAUCCAAUCACACAACAGCCGGUAUACCCGGGAGACGGUGCGGGCGGUACGAGUUCCAGUGCGGCAGUGGAGAGUGCAGACCCCGGGGCUGGCUGUGUGACCACGAGGUGGACUGUAUGGACGCCAGUGAUGAACAUGACUGUAACAGAACCUGUGACCUGGACCACUACAAGUGCCCAGUGAGCGGGGAAUGUAUCGGCUACGGCCACCUGUGUGAUGGCGUCCCUCACUGCCACGACCAGUCAGAUGAAAGCAUGGACAACUGCGGUUCGGCUCAGAUUCCCCCCUGUCCCGGACACUUCAUCUGCGCCAAUAGGAUGUGUGUGAACAUCUCUCUGGUGUGUGAUGGCGCCCCCGACUGUCCUCAGGGAGAAGAUGAGAAGACGUGUGAAAAGAGUCCGGUCACUUCACCAGCGUCACCCAACCAGACGUCUCCAACCAGCUGCCCCGAAUACGUGUGCCCAGAUGGGCGCUGCCUCUUGUUUAAACAGGUCUGUAAUGGGGUCCCUGACUGUGAGGAUGAAUCUUUGGGCCCUGUAGGCUCCGAUGAGAAGGAAUGUGGAUUCUGGAGUCCAUGGGGGCCAUGGAGCGACUGCAGCCAAUCCUGUGGGAGCGGAACACAGAGCAGACGCCGCGUGUGCACCAACCCAUCCGGUGAUAUCCUGAGACAGUGUCGGGGGGAGGAGAGCGAGGCACAGCAGUGCUUCACCGUGUCCUGCCCAGUUGACGGCUCAUGGACUCCUUGGACCACGUGGUCAAACUGCUCUGCGGACUGCAGCGGGGUGGUGAUACGGCGCAGGGAGUGUACACCUCCACAGAACGGCGGGCGCCACUGCUCCGAUCUGCCCGGAUCUUCAUCCCUGGAGAUGGACACCUGUCACCAGGACCGCUGCCCGCAGCCGCCAUCUUGUCCUCCAGACCUGGAAUACAAACCCUGCGCCCCCUGUCCGGUGACCUGCUCUGACCUGACCAAUAACCGGCUCUGCCCCGGUCAUCAGCCCUGCACCUACGGUUGCUGGUGUCCGGAUGGAUAUUUACUGGACAACAUGAACCAAUGUGUCCGGCAGGAGGAAUGUCCAUGUGAGGUGGAGGGGGUCACCUACUGGCCCGGGCAGAUGGUUAAAGUCAACUGCCAGAUCUGCACCUGUCAGGACGGCCAGAUGAGGCAGUGUCGGCAAAAUCCAGAAUGUAACGUUCACUGUGGAUGGUCCUCCUGGUCUCCCUGGGGUGAGUGUCUGGGUCCGUGUGGGGUGCAGAGUAUACAAUGGUCUUUUCGGAGUCCUAACAACCCCAGCAAGCAUGGUAAUGGGAAGCAGUGCCGAGGAAUCUACCGCAAAGCGCGCAGGUGUCAGACGGCUCUGUGUGAGGCGUGUUCACACCACGGGAAAACAUACAGCAUAGGAGAGCGCUGGAAAUCCGGGGAGUGCCACGUGUGCCAGUGUCUGCCCAACCUGACCGUCCAGUGCUCCCAGUUCUGCCAGUUGACUGGUCAGGUGUGUCCUGAGGGUCAGUAUCUGGUCCAGGGAUCUGGGGACACUUGCUGCUUCUGUUCUGAUACAGCUCCGGAAAGAACUCGAUCCACCAUCCCAAGUACUACAGCUCUGCCCAUCAUCACUGCUCCGACAGCCCUGCUCACGUACCCUACGCCUGACGGAGGAGGUGAUUGUUACACGCCCCUGAGGAUCUCACUUCUACCUCCCAGCAGCUUCACUGCUUCCUCACAUCUCACUGAACACCCACCAUACACCGCCCAACUCAACCGGGUCUCUCCAGAUAUGGAGCUUCAGGGAUGGAGCCCCCAGGAGGAUGAUUACCCCAAUCCUCCAUCCAGGUCGCCUUAUCUCCAGAUCAACCUGCAGCAGCCGAGGAAUCUUACUGGGAUUGUGGUACAAGGUGGCGGCUCCUCUGACACCUUCAUCUCUAGUUUUGAAGUACAGUUCAGCUUAGAGCAGAAGAUCUGGUACAAUUACACAGAGAUAAACAGUGACCAUGAGCCGAAGACCAAGAUUUUCCAGGGAAACUUUGAUGGUUCCACCCCUGUAGCCGCGAGUUUUGAGGCAAUGAUCAGCGCUCAGUAUAUCCGUAUCCUCCCUCAUGACUAUCAUGGCCGAAUAUUCCUGCGUGUGGAGCUGCUGGGCUGCGGAGAAGUGUCCGUCAGACCCACCGCACCCUCACACCCAGGUGACCAGUGCUUGGCGGGGCAGUUCCAGUGUCACAAUGGGCGCUGUGUACCUGCAGGACCUCAUGGAGUCGUCUGUAAUGGAAUCAAUGACUGUGGAGACCGAUCAGAUGAGAUUUACUGUGGCACUGCUCCGUCCCCUCUGUCUCCAGCCAAGUGGGGCUGCCAUCGCUCUCAAUUCUACUGUAAAACUUCUGGGUCCUGCAUUGAGGUGUCCCUGCGAUGUGACGGUCACCAGGACUGCACCGAUGGAGCCGAUGAGGUGGGAUGUGUCUCCGGGGCUCUCAGCACCACGUGGAGUCCUGGGGUUAGUGCAUCCAGAGCAGAAAGUCCGUCCCUAGAAGCAGGUCCCACCCCACCAUCUAGACCAGGAAUACCGGAUACAAGCCAAGUAACAGAUGAGUCCCGGUUUCCAGGAGGAGAGAUCUCAACCCCACCAG